AGUGUGUUAAAAGAUGUUUUUAAUUACAUUUCAAAGAAUGACAAAAAUAUUUUUGAGUCAAGAAUCAUUCCAUCUAUUGGAACAGUUGGAGGUGGAUUAUCUCCACGUUGUUGGUGGGGGUUUUAUGGAAAAUUAUUAAAUAGACAACAAUUAAAUAAGUUUCUAAAAGUACAGAAAUUUUCAAAAUUUAUUAGGUGUGGAGAUGUUGCACAAUGUGAUUGGAUAUCUGCAACUCAUGAAAAUGAAUAUAUUCAAAAUUUAGGAUACCACUUUGGUAGAGAUUCAAAGAUAUUAAGAAAAGAUCCUCGGUUCUAUUAA